AUGAAGGCUCUUUCUCUCCAGGUCCCGCUGGUGCUGAGGGUCUUGUGCCUGGUGACCCUGGCUGGAGGGCAACCCAAAGCCCCCCUGAGGUGUUCAAGAGAGUGUGGCCCUUUCACGCGUGGGAUAGCGGCGCAGCGGAUACGGAGCUACCGCCGGACCGAGCCCUGGUGCACCAAGCAAGCCAUCAUAUUUAUUACUCUGAAGUACUUGGAGAUUUGUGCAGAUCCAGAGGCAGACUGGGUGAAGAAGAUCGUCGAGAAGCUGGACCAGAAGAAGGCUGCAGCUUCCCUGCUUCCACGGGAUGCCACUACAGCAGUGGCACCAGAAGAGCCCGGCGCUUUUCAGAAACAUGUUGGUCUCGCGGUAACGGCUCCAUCUCAAGCCACAGCUGCAGCCAGUUUCUUCCAAGGGACCGGCACAACAGUUUUGCAGAGAAUACGCGUUCCUGCUGCCGGGACAGAGGUGCCCGGCAGGUCGCCACCAGCCCCACAGCACACGACCCAGAUCCCUGCAGGAUCGUCCCCCGUGAUACGGGAAGCUGCUGCCCGCUCUGAAGUCGCUCCAGAAGCAAGCAGAGAUUCCUUAAAAUCUCCUGCACCUUCAACAGCUUCUGCAGCAGGCAUGGUCUCCAGCCAGCCCACCCCACACCCCACUGUUCUUGUGCAUGGCUUUGACAGCACCGUAGGAUCUUCAGGAGAACCUGCAGGAUGUACUGCGAAUGAUGAUGUUCGAGACACGACUGCUCCUAGCUCAAAUUCAGACCCUGUGGCCAUUACUAGAAGGCCAGACCAUUCUGUACCUUCUACAGAUGAACCCCUGGACCGUAAGAGUGCAAGAGCCAGUGCAGCAGACCCUGCCUCUACCAGUCCCAGCUCAGAUCUCCCCUCCAUCCCGGUCAGUGUGGAGAUCGCCAUGGUCCCAGCCACACCAGUUCCACCAGCGACUACUUCAGCUUCUGCUCUAAGCUCCACAGCUGGCAGAGACAAAGGCCCUUCUGUCCAUACCAAUGAGGUUGUCAGCUCCUCCGCAGACGCUUUUGGUACUAAAACAUUUGAUUACACGUGGGCUGAAGGAAAGGAAAAGCCUUCAGACAUGUCAGUUCUUCCUAGUCAAGCAUUCUCAGGCCAAGCCAGAGCGCAGAUGACUACAGACAGACCAAAUGAUCUGCCUCUUCCCAGCUUCUCGUCAAGACCUCAAAUGCACUUUGUCAUCCCGGUUUCUGUGGUAGGUGGUCUGAUGGUUUGCAGUGUUGCUGCUGUAUGGCUGUAUCUAAAAUUUGGAGCCAAAACAGAGGAGAUGUCGAGAGAAAUGGUACAGGGCUUGCUCUACCAGAAUAAGGGACAUCACAACAAUGUCUAUCCAAUGGAAGUAAUCUGA